AUGUCAACAACAGAGAACACAACAACAGUUAUAGUCCAUGAAGCUAUAAAUGAAGAAUACGAGUGGGUUCGGUUUAACAAACAGUUACGUCUCAUUCGUUCGGUCAAAGACGAUAUGUACCAAAUGCAAAGUAUUUUGACAGCAUGUUAUGCUCCAGAUACUAAGCUUCCUAAAGACUGGUUUAGGAACCAAAGCACACAAGAACUUUUGAGCGAAGCACAGCGAGACAUACUUUUUUCUGAAAACAGUGAAGAACAGCGAGUAGGGAAAAAACCCCAGUCGCCAAAACUCUAUGAAAAUCGUGAAAAAUUGCCAAACGGUUUGAGAGGAUAUUAUGUACAUAGACUUCUUGUAAAUGCUGUUGCAAUGUGGGCUUCGCCUCGUUAUGCUUGGUAUAUUUACAGACUUCUUGACGAAAUUCAUAGACAAGAACGUGAAGAGCUAGAGAACAAGCUUGAAGCAAAAGACAAAAGCAUUCAGAAAAGAAUACCACGUUCGGUACCAAAAGGAAAGGAAAAGAACUAUAAGUAUAUGAUUUAUACUGAAGAGAUGGAAAAUGAAGAAGACAGAGAUAUGGUUAUGUUGCAUUUAGUCAGAAGAAACAACAAAAGCUUUUACGACCUUGCUAAGAUUUACAAAUCUGACAGAAAUUGGUUCUAUCGCGAAAACUUACCGAUUUCAAUGACACCGAAUGAACAAGUUAAACAAAUAGUUCAAGAUAAUUUACCUCAAACACACUAUGAUAUUAAAGGUUGUACAAUACUUACAUUCAAAGAAGAUUUGCCAUUGUUAAAGGAAAAAAUAACAGAGUAUUUUGACAACUUCAAAGAGGAAGAGUAA